CAAAAAAUGAUCCAAAACUAAGUUUGAUAUGCUGACGAUCAGCCUGCCAGCUCCAAGGUUGAUAAACUACUUCCCAGCACUUCCGCGUGCUGAUGGAUCGACGCUGAUUCAGUCAACACUAUCUUUAGCGCUCACCUAGGAAAAAAGAAAGAAAGAAAACCGAAAGGAAGACAGACGCGCAAAGCUCCUUAUAACUUCCUAUGGGGUUAACGGGGAAUAUUUUCUGAUAAUAAUAAAAGCAUCCGACAAUAAAUAAUGUCUUACAAUGACAGCAUCAGACGUCGAAGCUUGCAGGCGCUACGACUUGGCGGGGCGGUCGUUCGUAACGCUCUCGGAUUAUCAGACCUUGCGCAACGAACUGCGCGUUCGUUGAAAGUCUUCCAAUAAUCUUGGCAGCUUGUCGUGCAGCUCUUUUUUGGUGGCUUGGCUAGCAGCAGUUUGAACUCAACCGGUCCGGUCGUGGUUGACACUACUCCGUACGGAGUAACUAGUUACUGACAAACCAACCAGUCAAGUGGCAUCGCUCUCUCGGCGGGUGAUGACCGGAGGGUCUUGGCUGCUGAUGACCAGGCUUGGGCUGGGGAUCAGCGUGGAAGGCGUGCGUGAGGGCCAUGAGGGAUGACGCCAGUAGAAGUAGCCCUGCGGUGUGUGGCUUGUGUCCAGCGAUGAUCCUGGCCAGAACUACGGAUACAACUUCCCGGUGCGUGCCCGGGGGUUUCUACGCUAGAGUGUCCUUUCUGCGAACGUGAUUUAACUAUAUUUCGACUCCGCAACCUUGGAAGGUUCCGCAGGGAAGGGAGGCCUGUUGGAAACCUGAAAAAUGCAGGAGGAAGGGCAUGAAAAGCUCGAGGUGUUAAACAACAACAACAACAAAAAAAUGGGGGGAAGAGAGACAAAAGGGUGGGAGAGAAAGGAGAUAUGAAAGGAAAAGGAAAAUCUGACAAGUUGCUAAAACUGAGACAUCGGUCAACUAGCAACCGUAAAACCGAGAGAUUUAGUGCUAGGUUCCCAUAUGCGAAACGAACACCAGAGAGACAAAUGGCGGAGGAGGAAUAUGAAACAAGAGGAAGUUCUGCUUGGAGGCUACAUGCUUCUUCUAAGUAGUUAAGUAGUUAGAACGAGGAGAGCUCAUCUGUACCGUACGUACGGGGUGAACCCUGCGGGUGUCCCUUAAAUGGAUAUUUACAGCCCGGACUUGUACUCCGUACAUACAAUGAAUGAUCCCAAAUGACCCGGCCUCUUGGACGUACGUGCAUAUGCAGUAGGGGUACGGUACUGUAGCGUAGCAGUGAGACAAAGCCACAUCACAUCAAUCGAGAAAAGCAACAAAUUCUUUUCUUUUUCCCGUUGGAUCUUUUUGCAUUUUGAUUCUUCUUUUCUUUUUCCUUCUCUGUACGGAGUAGUUAAUAUUUUAAUUUUAUACUUUUAAGAGGAAACCCAGGUCAUAUUGUAAAGCAACGUUGAAUUUCGAUUUUGAAGCUACAUAGCAUCCAUCAUCCAUCAUCCAUCAUAUUCGAGCAUUAUCCGUCAGCGGAUGCGGGCGGUCUUUUCCAGACAACCUUCGCCCCAACUUUAUCCCAACUUUAUCCCAACCUUCUCCCGUCCUCUUCCCACCCAACACAAAUGGAUAACUUUCGUUCUUAACCUUCUUACACCUCCCUCCCACAAUCUCCGUUCGACCUGGGCCUCCCACCUCCGAACUAUCCUAUCUCACUCUCGCUUUUUCUCAUCAGCGUCCGAGUUCUCUCUCUGGCCUCCCUUCUCCGGCUUCCCCUCCUAGUUUGCGAGAUAUUGUUGCUAUUCACCAUGGUUGUUCAUGUAUUCCUACGUGCCCCGGAAUGGAAUUGACAAGGACUUUUCCCGCCUGACAUCAUCAUAAACCCCCUUCCUUUUCUUCUUCUCCUCCGCCUCAUUAUCCGCUACAUCCUCAAUUCUCCUGGUAGUCUCCGUGAGCAUCGUCGCUGCAGCUGUGCACAUCCUCCCCUCACCUCACAAAGCCACGUUGAACGAAAAAUAAAAAAGUAAAGGAAAAGAAACGGGGAUCACACUUUGUGUUGGGAUACAGACAUUUAUAUAUAUAUAUAUAUAUAUAUCUGUGUCACUGCUGCUUUUCUCCCUGACGUCUCACAGUCCCUGGUUGAAUCGGGCCACUCUUGUCGACCGCAAAUAUGGGUCUCCGUAGUGUCUUCUCGUUACUCUCGGCCAAUAAAGGCACCUCGAAGAGCGAUGGAUUCUCCGCUCCAUCCCCAAACGCCUUCCCCUCUCAUCAGAGGAAUAAUACCGACCCUCUUCCUAUAAACAAAGUCCCUUCCCCUACUGCAACAGCUUCACUGUCGCAUACAUUAAAGAAAUCUGACCGAACGAGUUCAAGGCCAGUUUCGGCCGCCUACCCACAACCGUCCGUCAUGGACGUGCCCUCUGAAACGAUCCCCGAGCUAGAGCCCGUUUUGAAUCAUCUGAACGCCCAGACGAACAAACUCUACCAGGAAGGCUAUUUUCUAAAACUAAACGAUUUAGAUAUCCAUGGUCGAUCAUUCCAAGAGAGGCAAUGGGUGGAUUGCUUUGCUCAGUUGAUUGGCACUGUUCUCUCGUUAUGGGACUCAGCAGCGCUGGACGCAGCUGGUCCGGGCGAAGAUGUUCCACCCACAUUCAUCAACUUGGCUGAUGCUUCAAUCAAAAUGAUUGAAACUCUACCCACACGCAGCGAAAUGAGCAAGCCUCUCCAAAACAUUCUCAGUAUAUCAACCGCCGGAAAGAACCGAUAUCUUCUCCAUUUCUCGUCGCUACAUUCGCUGACUCAAUGGACUGCCGCUAUCCGCAUAGCCAUGUUUGAAAAUACCAUAUUGCAAGAAUCUUAUACUGGCGCACUCAUUGCAGGCAAGGGGAAAACUCUGAAUGGCAUUAAGAAUAUCCUAGAAAAAACGAAAUUCGUGUAUGAAGACUGGGCGAGUGUCAGGUUUAGCCCUGGAACACCUUGGAAACGAUGCUGGUGUGUGAUUUCACCCCCAGAUGAGAAGGAGUUUCAAAGAUUGAAAAAGGAGCAGAAGAAGAAGUCAGUCUAUGAUCGAAACGCUCCGUUAUUGAAAGGCAACAUUAAAUUCUACGAGACCAAAAAGACCAAAAAGGUCAAGCCAAUCGCUACAGUCACGGAUGCGUUCUCUGCAUUUGCCAUCUACCCACAGUCUCGGCCACUAAUUGAUCAAUCCACAUUGGUGAAGGUCGAAGGCCGAAUAACGAUACACGGCAAAUCUGAAUCAACUGCUGAAGGAUUUGUUUUCGUUCUACCAGAGCUUCAUCCUGCAGUUUCCGGUUUAGAGAUGAUGCUUCGUUGGCUAUUUCCGGUUUAUGAUACGUUUGGUCUCUACGGAAGACCAACCAGACUAAUUGCGGAUACCCUGAAUACUCGAAGUUUAAUGUUUGCGCUCCCAAAACGACGGCAACCUGGAUAUCUCGACAUUUUUGAUGUGACUACACUGAUACAUACCGAGGGAAGCAAUAAUUGGACCGAACGGGAAUGGCGAAAGGCGCUAAAAGAUGUCACCGUUAAACGAAUGACGAACAAUAAUAGUCGAGAGAGUAGCAUGACUGGAAGCGGGCGCUUUAAUCGAAAUAGCAUAGCGUCGCAAAAUGGUGUACCUUUGAGGUUUGCGAAUGGUGCACCACCGCCCUCUUUGACAGGGAGACCAGAACCUAAUCGCUCUAGCGAUGGAAAUAUAAAAAUUCCGAAAGCUGGAUUGGGUGUUCCGCCAGAUCGCAAUUCGAUGGGUCAUAGACACUACCGCGGACAAGGAUCUCCACCAUCCCUAUCAUCUGGUGAAAAAAGUUUGUCGGAAGAAGCUGAGCUAGCCCCGGAGCCGCCAAUGCAUAGAAACUCUCAGUACGAUGGAAUAUCUGGUCCCACCGGAUACACUCGAAGAGAUAGUGCUAAUAGCGAACUGAACAACUACCAGGUCCAAGACCGCCAAGCACUCAGUAAUGGAUAUCAACAGAGCCCGCCCCCUGCACCUGUAGCCAUGCCCCCGGCUUUCCUUCAUGAUCCCAGAAAGGCGCCCCCUGUUAGGCCUCAACCGUCACCGGGCUUUCAAAAAGCAGGGAACCGGUUGUCACAAGGAACCUUAUCCCAAAUGGUCGAUAUGAACAUGAACAUGACCAGGAACUUGGCUGCGACGGGGGCAGCAGUUGCUUGGAGUGAGCAAACUUCGGCCCAACAGCCGUAUCAUCAAGGUCAGCGAGGGGAUGCGGAGAAUGCUGGUAACGAAGAGAAAAGUUCCACUGAUAUGAAUUUAUCGACCCAAAGCCAAGUAAGCCUUAGAACGUCGAAGCCGUCUUCCCAAGACAACAACGCUCCUGUAGUGGAUGGCCCAAUCCUAAACUCCCCGAGUCCCGAUUCCUAUGAGAACCAGAGCUCUGGAAUGAACUUUCUUUCCAUCGAUACCCACAAAGCAACCUCCCCAAAACCGGUCGCCCAGACUCCAUAUGGUUCUGAAAGUCCGCCCUCUGAAAGAGCUUCGACUCUAGAUAGUAUGCGUCAUGCGAUUGACAUUGAUGCAUUAGACAGAAUCAUAGCUCGAGGGCGGUCUCCCACGGUACCAGUGGAGAAUGUCCAGGAUGAAGAAAGCGUAUAUGACCAAAGUUCAGUGUCCUCGCCUGACUAUGCCAGCUCUCACAAGUCCUCAGUCUCGCGGCGGUCGCAAAAGUCAUUAAAGCCAAGAAUGGGAGUACUGAAAGUUGUUGGAGACGAGGGGCCAGAAAAAUCAGAAGUAGUGAUUGGUGAUGCCCGUUAUCAACGUUCUGACCCCCUUACCUCUCGCAGAGACAAUCCGGACAUCCCCCCUGUCGAUUUUGGGCCAACACAGGCUUAUAUGCCCACGACGAGGCGACCCAGUACCUCAGAUACGCUAGUGCUGUUAACUCACAAGCGGAUUCCUUCAGAUGUUACCAUCGGCCGAGAAAGGCGAGGGCCUUCAAGGGAAACAAGCCGGGGUCCCCACCUCCCGAAAACUCCAUCCAACGACGACCACCGACGAAACAUCAUCUGGCAACCCGGGAUGGUGAGCGGGUCAGUGAGCCCUGGCCCUCAUAUCACACCUGAAGAGUUUGUCCAGCGGAAGGCAGGUGCAAAUUGGCUCAGCUCUCCCAUUCGUUUCCCGCCGGGUACUACUCAACCUCGACCAGCAUCUGGCGAUUGGACAAACCAUAGCCGCCAACAAUCAAUGAAGCAAGACCUACCAGCCCGUCCGCACUCGCGAGGCGCCAUUGUCAUGUUGGGUCACUCUGGACUAGGAUCUACACCACCCCCGUCUGGGGAUUGGACCAAUACAGCACGACAACAAGCAAUGAUGCGGGAAAUGCCCCCUCGUCCACACUCUCGUGGGGCUAGUGUAAUGUUCGGACAUUCUGACAUUUGCCCCCAACUCUCCGCACGGGAGCAAGAAUAUGUCGCGCGCGUGACCGGGUCUUCCUUCUUCAACAUUAGUAGUGAAAACCAAAGUGAGGCCCCGGUUCACGGCGCAAGCCUCGUAAGCGCCAUAGACGCUCGAGAACGCGAGAAAAGGGCUAUCAAGGAGGGUCUUAGCGGGCAAAUGGUCCAACAAGCUAUCGCCCAACGCCAAUAUCGACAAGCGCAAACCCCAUCACCAUUUCAAUCACAACCCGUGCCAGCACAAUACCAAGCAAGCUCACACUUUACACCACAAUAUUACCAGUAUAACAGGUCCGAUAGUACGCUUGGUGGCUAUGGCUCUGUUUACCCACACCAGCAUCAAUCACCAAGCCAAUGGUCGGUCGACCAACACCAACGCCAGCAAUCUUUGUUAAGUAGCCAACAACUUCGCUCGCCGCUGCAGUAUCAAGAGCAGCCGGUGACAGCUACAGCGACAGCGACAGCGGGAUAUCGGCCAAAUCCUUACUACCAACAGCCACCAGUUCAUCAUAAAGCGGGUUUGGGAGCCCCACACCACUAGCAGUUUAAACCAAAUGAGUCUCGGGAAACAAAAACGCAAUAGAGAAAAGUAAUCUAUGAAACUAUUAUAUAUAGUAUAUACGAUGAGAUCUCUUGUCGACUUACGGGAAUGACGGCUGAAACAUUUUAUCUUUUUAUCUGUUAUUCCUCUUUCGAGUCCCUCAAUGAUCUCGGACGCCCUUUCGUUUUCCUUAUCGGCUUUCCCAUACUUCCCAUACUUCUUACAUCAUUCUUGUAUUCUGUCCAUUGCGUCCGUUGCCUGUUAUCCUUUUUCUAGCAGUUUUUCUAUAUACAAUCAUUGCAUCAACCAUCAUUAGAAUAUGUGCUAUCAUUUUUGUAUUUGGGAUGAGCUAUGUCAUUUUCUUGCUGCAUGAUUUUUUCCCCCCUCCUUGUUCUCUUUCUAUUACUUUUCUUUUCUUUUCAUUGUUUUCAUAUAGCAUCAUCAAACCUGCACAGCCUUUUUUUUUCUUUUUUUUUUCUUUUUUUUUUCUUUUUUUUUUUCUUUUGCUUGCCCUUUUCAUUUGCCCUCCUCAUACUUCCAUUCCGCCUUUGUUUUACUUUGCAUGGAUGCUAGAUAGGUAGAUAAUGCUUGCCAUAUUCAAUCUGUGAAUCUAACACACAACAAACCUGUAUUUUUACAUAUCUAUAUCAGUUCCACCCAUGCUCUUUCAUAUCUUCACACUUUGUUUUUAAAAAAAUUCCUUUUUAAUAUCUCUUCCCCUGAUGAAAAAAGUAUUAGAACUCUUAUUUACACCCUCUUUCUCUGAAGCUCAUUUUUGAUCUUUGUUGUCUGUGCAACUAUGCUCUGACCACUGAAACAGUGUCAUAUGACUCAUGUUCAUUGACGAGUGUCGUAUGAAUAUUGAAGAGAGGUAAAAAAUGAAACUAUCUAAGGGAGUAAUAAUAAAUAAAAUAAAGUAUUCUAUUCUUACUUGUCA